GAAACUCUGUAUCGGUGACGUCACAUAAUUAGAGUAAAUACAAAGUAGACUGAUGUGCAGUGGCGUGCACGGUGCUCGUGAUUUCUUGCGAUUUUAUAAUGGAUAACAACAAGAUACAGCUUAUUGGAUCACCAUGUGGACAUCACGGACCGUAUACAUUCUAUAAAGCUUUUAAAUAUCACAAAAACGGAAGACAUAAAAUAUUAUCUCUUAGUGAUUUUUUCUUUGUGAAAUUAUGGAGUGAUUCAGAUUUAAUGAGCAUAGGAGAACUAAUUCUGUUGUGGGUUGACAAGAAUAGCGAACAAGUGUUAGCAAGUUUACGUUUAUACUUUUUACCUGAGAAUACACCGGAGGGAAGAAAUGAUGAUCACGGAGAGAAAUCGCUGAUCAAAUCCCUGGUGAAAAAUGCUGGAGUUUGGAUACGUAGACGUUUAAAAGUAGAAAAUUGCCAUCCGGUUUGGAGGUUUCGUCGGCGAUGAGUUCAAGCUCUGGUUGGAGGUCUAGAUGCU